UUCAUACGUUUACAAAUAAAGUAUUUUAUUAGUGAAAAAAGUGUUGUUAAUCAAAAAACGAAAUCAAACGUUGUGUAAAUAAUUAUAAUUAGUCACUAAAAUGCCAGUGCCUUGUAAGAGGGGUUGCGGAAAUAAUGCAGUUCUGAAGAGGCCGAAAACAGGAGACGCAAUUUGUAAAGAAUGUUUUUUUUGGGCGUUCGAAACAGAAAUUCACUACACCAUCACAAAAGGCAAAUUAUUCAAUAAAGGAGACUCCGUUGCAGUUGCUGCUUCUGGUGGUAAAGACUCUACAGUCCUCGCACAUAUGCUCAAAACCCUCAAUGAACGAUACAACUAUGGCUUAAACCUGAUGUUACUCUCCAUCGAUGAGGGUAUCACAGGAUAUCGGGACGACAGUCUUGAAACAGUGAAACAAAACAGAGAUGAUUAUGAAAUGCCGCUUAAAAUACUUUCCUACAAGGAUUUAUAUGGGUGGACAAUGGAUGAAAUAGUGGCACAAAUUGGAAGAAAAAAUAAUUGUACAUUUUGUGGUGUGUUCAGAAGGCAAGCACUAGACCGAGGUGCUGCGAUGUUAAAUGUGAAAUGUAUAGCGACCGGUCACAAUGCAGAUGAUAUUGCCGAGACUGUUCUCAUGAAUGUUCUUAGAGGAGACAUAGCCAGACUGAAGAGGUGUACUGCUAUAAGCACUGGCAGCGAAGGUACAAUACCAAGAGUAAAACCUCUUAAAUAUACAUAUGAGAAGGAAAUAGUAAUGUACGCACAUUACAAGAAAUUAGUAUAUUUCUCUACAGAGUGUGUCUUCGCACCGAAUGCUUACAGAGGACAUGCACGCGCCUUGCUCAAGGAUAUGGAAAAGAUAAGACCGUCAUGCAUAAUGGAUAUUAUUUAUUCAGGCGAGACAAUGUCCAUAAAAGAAGAAGUGUCACUCCCAACCCAGAGGUUAUGCAUAAGAUGCAACUUUGUGUCGUCACAGGAAGUGUGCAAAGCAUGUGUUUUGCUUGAAGGCUUAAAUAAAGGGUUACCGAAACUUGGAAUCGGUAAAAGUUCUAAAGUGAAGAAAUUACUUGACGAAUACAACACCAGGCAGAAUAAUUUAGAAACAAUAGUCAAAGAUUUAGAAGACUGUAAUAUUACUAAUAAGAAAACAAGUAAAACUUGUAAAAGCAUAUCAAAUGGUUUCAAACAAAAAGAAUGUAAUGCUACAAAUUGCUGUACUAAUAAAACUGAACGUAAUGUUGAGAAGAAUAAUGAAAAACUUCAAACAGUACUAGAUAAGUAUUCGUUAGAGAAUAACUCGCAAGUUAGACUUAACGAAGAAGACUCAGAUGACUCAGAAAUCAAACAUCAAGAUGAAGACGACACUUGCUCCAGUAGUUGCGGGAGACUGGGUGUUGGGUUUUGAUUAAAAUCAAUUUAAUUAUC